AUGUCCCGCUCUCUUUUCAUCCUCCUCAAUGUCGCUCUCCUUGCCCUGACCGCCGUCGCCUCCGACUACUAUGAACGACUGACCCUGACACCACUUCCCCUGGGAUCACUCCUCGCCUCCUUCGAUUUCCGUAGCAAUGACACCGCAACGGAUUAUGAGUCGCAAAACUUUCGGUACGUCCCUCGCUCGUUAGGGCAGGCCUUGAGACAUGCGGAUACGGAGGAGUUGCAUCUAAGGUUCACCACGGGCAGAUGGGAUCCUGAUUCUUGGGGCUCGCGUCCGUGGGACGGGACCAAAGAAGGCGGCACAGGCGUUGAACUGUGGGCAUGGAUAAAUGCAGAGACCGAAGAAGAGGCUUUCGAGAAGUGGAUGACAUUGACACAGUCAUUGUCCGGCUUGUUCUGUGCCUCUCUCAACUUCAUCGAUUCCACAAGAACAACACGCCCCGUACUGUCGUUCCAGUCACAGGGGACGUUCAAGAAUCAGAGUAGUGGCGUCCAUUUCCUACACGGUGUGCUUCCUGGUGAGGUGGUCUGUACUGAGAAUUUGACUCCGUUCCUGAAACUCUUGCCUUGCAAGGGAAAGGCCGGGAUCUCAAGUCUUCUUGAUGGGCACAAGGUCUUCGACGCAUCAUGGCAGAGUAUGUCCAUCGAUGUCUCACCAAAAUGCUCUCCUGGCAUUGCGGACUGUCAAAUUGAGAUCAGCCAGACCAUUGACGUGGUUCUCGACAUUGAGCGGUCUAAGAGGCCCAGAGACAACCCCAUACCGCGACCUAUUCCAAUUGAAGAACUUGUCUGUGAUGAGACGAAACCCUACCACUCACAGGAUGCGUGCUAUCCGAAGGAUAUGACGGAUGAGAUGUCCUGGUCUUUGGGUGAUGUGUUUGGGCGUGCCAUGGCCGGAUCAUGCCCCUUGACGGAAGACAAUAGUCCGUCAGUUUGCUUGAACGUACCUCAUGAACGGGCGGUUCAGGCAAGCCCCGGGACCAUCGAGUUAAAGUCUGAGUCUGGUCCAUCGGAGUCCAGAUGCUACAAGCUGGCUUCAAACGAAGUAUUCAAUCUUGAACUCCCCCAGCAGAGCGUGAACGUCAAGCCCGACGUAGGCUAUGAGUUGCUUCGGGCCGAGCGGACCAUCACAGGUCAUGGUGCCGCUCGGGGCGGUAUGCGCACAAUAUUCACCAAUCCAUCGUCCACCGAAUCGGUUGACUUUGUCUACUUUGAGAGCUUACCAUGGUUCAUGCGCCCUUUCAUGCACACAUUGCAAGCACAAGUCACUACGCCAGGCUCUCAAUACGAAAGCCAAAUCAUCACAGACAUGUACUAUCGUCCGGCCAUUGACAGGAAAAGAGGAACCCAGCUCGAGCUUGUCAUGUCUGUCCCACCUGCAAGCACGGUGAUGCUCACCUAUGAGUUUGAGAAGGCGAUCCUUCGAUAUACCGAGUAUCCUCCUGAUGCGAAUAGAGGGUUUAACGUUGCACCGGCUGUGAUACGAGUCUUGCACGAGGUUGACACGACCGGUGUGCCGAAGGAUGUUUACAUUCGGACAACGAGUCUCCUCCUUCCUCUGCCAACCCCUGAUUUUAGCAUGCCGUACAACGUCAUCAUCCUCACCAGCACGGUCAUGGCUCUUGCUUUUGGCAGCAUCUACAAUCUCAUGGUUAGACGUUUCGUUGGCGUGGACGAGGUUGGCGACAACCAAAUCAGAGGGCUGGUCAAGAAGAUCUCGGCUGCAGUUGUCGGCGUAAAGGACAAACUGACAGGGAAUCACCAAAAAGUAGAGUGA